UGUCCUCAAUAUCUACAGUCCGGAGCGCCCGGUCCUGAACUUUACCAACCGUGAGAAGUCCGCUGAAGUUAAAACCCGGGACUCGAAGAGGCGCCCGCUGUCAUCACCUACUUUUUACUCUUGCAACAAUGGAGUUUAAUCGAAAGAGGACUGUUUUAACGCUGAUUUUCAUCCAAUGUUGGAACGUGCCCGGGUCCUUAUCCUUUAAUGUGGGAACUGCUGGAGCCAAGGUAUUCUCUGAACCUUCUGUAGAGGAGUUUGGAUACACUGUGCAACAGUUCAGGAAUCACCAGGGCAAAUGGUUGCUGGUUGGUUCUCCCUGGAGUGGAUACAACCAGGACAGGAAAGGAGACGUCUACAAGUGUGAGAUAAGAGGGGCCAGUUCAGGAUGUCAGAGACUCAACCUGCAAAAUUCAGUCAGCAUAUCAACAGUGAGUAAUGUCAAUGUCAACAUGAGCCUGGGGCUGACCCUAACCCGUACAGCUACAGCAGAUACAUUUAUGACAUGUGGACCUCUGUGGGCUCAGAAAUGUGGCAGUCAAUAUUACUACCCAGGGAUCUGUGCAGAAGUCAGCCCUCUCUUCAACCCCCUGUCUUCAUUCUCACCUGCCCUUCAGACUUGUGGGGGUCCCAUGGAUAUUGCUAUUGUCUUGGAUGGCUCUAACAGUAUAUAUCCCUGGCCACCAGUUGUGGCUUUCCUCAAGAAACUGUUGGAGAACUUGGAUAUUGGACCUGACAAUACUCAGGUAAGUAUUAUACAGUACGCGGUUGAUCCGGAUUUUGAAUUCUAUCUGAACUCCUACAAAACCAAAGACUCAAUCAUUGCGGCCGCAGCGAACAUACCCCAGAAGUCAGGCCUGGAGACUAACACCUUCCGGGCCAUUGAAUUUGCCAGACGGCAGGCGUUCCUGCCUACGAACGGUGCCCGACCUGGAGCCAGCAAGGUGAUGGUGGUGGUGACGGAUGGAGAGUCUCACGACAAGGGCCUCAAAGACGACGUCAUCGGCAAGUGUGAGCAGGAGAAGAUCACCCGGUUUGGUAUUGCUGUCCUCGGGUAUUACAUAAGGAAUGACAUCGACACUAAAAACCUGAUUGCUGAGAUCAAGUCCAUCGCCAGUACCCCGACAGACAGGUACUUCUUUAAUGUGUCAGCUGAGGAAGCUCUGCUUGAGAUCGCUGGAACUCUGGGAGACAGAAUCUUCAAUAUAGAGGGUACUGGGAAAGGGGGUGAUUUUCAGAUGGAGAUGUCCCAAGUGGGCUUCAGUGCCCACCAAACCAAGAACCAGAAUAUGAUGAUGCUGGGUGCAGUGGGGGCCUAUGGCUGGAGUGGUACUGUGGUUCACUACACUCCUCAGAAAUCAGACAUCUUCCCCAAGACGGCCUUCGAGAACAUUCUAGAGGACAGAAACCACAGUUCACUAUUAGGCUACUCUGUGACAACGCUGAAUGAUGGCAGCACGGAGUACUACGUGGCUGGCGCUCCUCGGUCCAACCACACUGGACAGGUCAUAGUGUACAUCAUCAACAGCAAGGGACAACCCACCGUCAUAGACUCCCAGAGAGGAGAUCAGAUAGGCUCCUACUAUGGCAGUGUACUCUGUCCUCUGGAUGUGGAUAAAGAUGGUGUGUCUGAUAUACUGCUGGUCGGCGCUCCCAUGUUCAUGAAUGAACAGAAGAAGGAGACUGGGAAGGUCUAUCUCCUCUCUUUCACCAAGGGCAUCCUAAGUGACCAGGGGAUCCUGAGGGGUCCGUCCCCGGUGGACAACGCUCGUUUUGGGAUGUCCAUCUCAGCGGUGCCUGACCUCAACAUGGAUGGUUACAGUGAUGUAGUGGUGGGAGCCCCGCUGGAAGACAACAACAGGGGGGUCAUUUAUGUCUUCAACGGGGACAAGAAGAAACUGAGGACACAGUGUUCUCAGAGAAUCCUGGGCUCCAAGCUGGACCCUGCAUUGAAGUAUUUUGGGCGGUCCCUAGACGCCAACUCUGACCUAAACGAUGACACCAUCCCAGAUGUAUCAGUGGGGGCUUAUGGGAAGGUGGUCCAGCUCUGGUCUCGAGGUCUGGCCGUGGUGACAGCGAGGGCGACCUUUAACCCUGACAAGGUCAACAUCCUGAGUAAGACGUGCAGGGUCAGUGGGAGGCUGGUGUCCUGCUUCAAUACCACUGUCUGUUUCAGUGCAACCUUCAGGCCCAAGAUACCUGUAGGACCUGUGGCUCUCAGGUACAACCUGACCCUGGAUGCUGAUCUCCAGUCGUCUCGUGUCACCUCCAGAGGUCAGUUCAGUAACUCGGAGAGAGUCCUGCAGAAAGACAUCCGGGUUUCCACCAGGGAGCUCUGUGACACCUAUGAGGUUUUUGUUCAGGAGGCCCCUGACUUUGUGAGCUCCAUCGGUCUGCGUGUGGACAUCGCUCUGCAUGACCCAGACUCCAGUCCUGUUCUAGAUGUCCUCCGUCCUACUUCAUGGGAGUUCUUUAUCCCAUUCUCCAAAGACUGUGGCUCUGAUGAGCUGUGUGAGAGUGACCUGCUCUUGAACGUCAAGAAAGGAGAGAUGAUUCCCAGCUCAUCUAAGAUGUUGGUCAGCUUUAAGAACAAGAGGCUGUCCUUCACUGUGUCUGUGACCAACAAGAAGGAGAAUGCGUACAACACCCGAGUCAUGGCCACAUACUCCAAAAACCUCUUCUACGCCUCCAUCACUCCUCCAAGUGAUGAAACAGAGGUGAAGUGUAGCUCCACCCGAGAGACUCGUAGCCUCUCGUGCCAGGUGGGAUACCCAGCUUUAAGGAAGAACCAGGAGGUGACAUUCGUAAUCAACUUUGACUUCAACCUGAAUCAACUGCAGACCGAAGCCGACGUGAGCUUUGAAGCUCUAAGUGACAGCACAGAGGUGAACCCCUCAGACAACCACGCCUCUAUCUCCAUCCCUGUCCACUAUGAUUCAGAGAUCGCUCUCUCCAGGGAAGCAAAUCUCAAUUUCUACGUGGUUGACAUGGACAAUGAGGUGAAGACCACAGUGAAUACUUUCAAUGACAUCGGUCCUGAGUUCAAAUUCUCUCUGAAGGUUUCUACAGGGAAUUUCCCAGUGAAUAUUGUCUACCUCACAGUCUCACUGCCCAGCGAUACAGCAGGAGGCAACCCAUUACUGUAUGUGACAGGAGUCAACACUGCACCUGCUGGAGAUGUUAGCUGUGAAGUAGCCAGCCUCGUCAAUCCUCUGAAGAUCAGUGAGAAGCCUUACACACCAUCCUUCUCCAAGGAGAACCUCAUGAGCACAGAGGAGCUGAACUGUAAGACAGCCAAGUGCCAGCCUAUGAAAUGUGUCCUGAAAGACAUGGGGAUGAUGAGUGAUUUCUUUGUGAACGUGACCACACGGAUAUGGAACGGUACCUUUGCUGCUUCCUCAUUCCAGUCCACUGUGCUGACUGUGAGCACAGAGAUAGAGACUUCCCAACCUGAACUGCUGGUCAUCUCUCACAAGCACCUGACGGUUGGCGUCACCAUCAGUAAACCAGGGGUGAAAGGGGAGAUCCCUGUAGGCGUUAUUGUGGGCAGUGUGAUUGGAGGCCUGCUUCUAUUGGCUCUCGUCAUUGGCCUGCUUUGGAAGUUUGGUUUCUUCAGGAGAAAGUACCAGCAGCUGAUGAAAAACACUGAUGAAGACCAGGCGGAGACUGAGGGCCUGCAGGAGAACGCAGCAGCGUGAGAACCAGGCGCAGGAAAGAACCCAUCUUAGAAACCACAAUGUGCCAACAGACUGAGAACACAAUGACCAAAGACCACAACCACAACCACACACAAACUGAACAAACAUGAUUUGUACUUACAUAUUGAGCAAAUGGCUUGUUAGUGGAAGGGGCUGUUUGGGUGGUGGCUUUAACAUGGUUUUGGUUGUGGAGUGAACGAUUGCUUGGAGUGAACAGAAACACAUUGUUUGAGCGUAUUAGAGAGUGUGUUCUGAUUGGGACCAUAGAGACAACAGAUUUUAUUAGUGGAGGUAACAUGAUUCUCUCACCACCAAACACUUCCAAGCAAAGACCCCGUUAUUAUGUCGGCCAUCUUGGAUCCUCCAUAGGGAAGUUAUUUAUCUACAGUGCAUUUUUUUCUGGCCGAAUUCAUACUUCAGUGCUGGUAUUCCUUUUUAUAUAUGUUCACGGAAUUGUUGAGGCCUAUUGUUGAGUAAGAAGCUUGUGUAUAGUAAUUUGUCAUAUCAAUUGAUAUUAUUGAUAUCAAUUGUUGAAAAGCACAGUAGUAUACUGUAAACAGCCUUUCAAAUGGAUAUAGACAAUAGUUUACACAUGAGAGAUUAUUGACGUUAUCAUAU